AUGCAUUGUAUCCCUGUAACACUCCCAGUGCAGGAUCCCCUGUGUGGCCUGUGUGCAGCCCCGGAUCAGGUCCCCAGCCAGGGCUGUCUCUUUGCAGGGCUGAGCAGUGCUGCAGGCAGCCCGGGGACCCUGAGACAGAGCCGCGGCCUCCUCACUGCACACACUCAGCAGCUGCAGCAGCCGCACACAGGGCGCCUCAUCCAGGGUAUGUGCACCGCGGACACAGCCAGUGUGGCAAAUGAAAGGAAAACCUGUCUUGCAGAAAAAAAAAAGUGCACGCAUUCAUCUGAGCUAGCUUGUGCAUCUUGCCUGUAAGCUGGAGGCCUGGGAGAGAGGAGAGAGCGUGGCAGGCGAGGGACACACAGAAGACAGCUGUAAUGGAUGAGCACAAGACACAAACAAUGGCUUCCUCGCCUCAAAGGAUGGACCUCUAACAUAUUCCACCUUGGAGAGAUCUGGUUACUUCCCAUAGCAGGAAAUCAGCUGCCCUGUCUGACGCUAAGUACGCUGGCCGGCCCCAGACCACAGCUGGCUUUGUAAUAGCUUCAAUCAAGAAAAAUGGAGGACAGUAGUGAAAAUGUGCCCAGGUUUUCAGUGUGAAACUGGGCUCCUCAGAAUAAGGAAGGCCCUUUGAGCCUUGGGGAUUUUUACACUGGUCCAACAUGAGGGGCAUCUCCUGCACCUGGGCAUCUGUCAUCGUCCCGGCUGAUAGAAACGACUGCUGUCCAUCUGUCAAGAUUCACUAAACGGACCAAUAUGUACAGAGAGGACAGCGGGUAAUCACACUACGAUGCAGCACUGUAAGCAGUGACAUGGCACGAAGUUACUCCCAACUUUGAAUGCUAAAAGCACGUACCAACUCUAAGGGGUAGAUUCAUCUCCGAGCGUGGUCCUGCCGGAGCCUCGCGUAAUGUGCGGUUUUACGGAUUGAAUGACUACUAACGUGUGAUCAUGGGAGAUAUGAAGACCCCGGACUUUGAUGACCUUCUGGCAGCCUUCGACAUUCCUGACAUGGUGGAUCCAAAAGCAGCUAUUGAGUCUGGACAUGAUGAUCACGAUAGUCACAUCAAGCAGAACAACCAAGGAGAUGAUGAUGCUCAUGUGCCUUCAUCUUCUGAUGUUGGCGUAAGUGUUAUAGUCAAGAACAUAAGAACCAUUGACUCUACUGAGGCAUCUGAGAAAGAUGGGCAUCACUCCGCUGGUAACGGCUUACACAAUGGCUUUCUUACCAUCUCCAAUCUUGAACGUUUCAACAAAGAAGGACUGAAAUCCUUCAAAGAAAAAGCUUUGGUAUCUGGCACUGUCCUUAAAGAAUCUGUUUUUAACCAGUUCAGUCCUAUUUCCAGCGCUGAAGAGUUUGAUGAUGAUGAAAAAAUUGAAGUGGAUGAUCCUCCCGAUCGACGAGACCUGAGCAGAAAUUUUGGCUCUAAUAUUUUAACGGGAUCAAUUUCUCAGCAUCCCUAUGAACGGGACAAAGUGCAGGUGAUGGAACAAUUGCUUAAGUCUGGAACACCUGUUUCUGGCAGCGUGGACAAGAGCAAAGAGUGCCAGAAAGACUUUGAGACUGGUACAGCUAGUUUAAAUGUCUAUGACGCCUUUAAAGGGAAAAAACUGGAUGAAAAGCUGAAAGAAAGCGCUCAGAGACUCCUGGAGAGCAGAAUUAUUGAUGGGAAACUAGAACCAGACAAAACUGACGUCAACGGAGUCAGCAUGUCCCAGCUGAAGUUAAAGACCUCUGCAAAACUUUCUUCAUGUAUUGCUGCAAUUGCUGCUCUCAGUGCUAAGAAAGUAGCCUAUGGCCCUAAGGAUGUUCAAAGCAAUACAGAGGAGUCAUCACAGGUGCCAAAAGACAUUAGUGAUUCAUUGACAAACGUUAAGUCUCCCGAUGCCCAGUUGACCAUUCAAAAUCUCAUUGACAGUACAAAAAAGACCCCAUUGAAGCAACCCGAUAGUCCAAGGAGUGUGUCCAGUGAGAAUAGCAGCAAAGGUUCUCCAUCGUCUGGUGGUUCGACCCCAGCUAUUCCAAAAGUAAGAAUUAAGACCAUCAAGACAUCAUCUGGAGAAAUCAAGAGAACGGUCACUAGGGUUUUACCUGACUUUGAAGCUGAUGGGACAAAACAACCUUCUGAUCAAACAUCCUCUUUGCUAGUGUCCUCACUUUUGUCAUCGCCUGCAUCUGCCGCAGCUGUGCUUUCAUCACCAAGAUCCUCUGUACAGACAAGUGUUGCCAAUAAUGCCGUUGCUUCAACAGAUGUUACUCCGAAACAGGUCACCAUCAAACCCGUGGCCACCGCAUUCCUUCCUGUAUCUGCGGUAAAAACGGCAGGCUCGCAAGUCAUAAACUUGAAGUUUGGUAAUAAUACUACAGUUAAAGCCACAGUGAUUUCUGCUGCCUCUGUCCAAAGUGCCAGUAGUGCCAUCAUCAAGGCUGCCAAUGCGAUUCAACAGCAGACGGUGGUGGUUCCAGCUUCGAGUCUUGCCAACGCUAAACUUGUGCCAAAGACGGUGCAUUUUGCCAAUCUCAACCUCUUGCCUCAAGGUUCUCAAACUACUACCGAGCUUCGUCAAGUGUUAACUAAAACCCAACAGCAAAUCAAGCAAACUCUUAUAUCGACCGCUGCGGUGAUGCCGGCCAAAAAGGUGUCCAGAGUCCAAGUGAUGGCUUCCUCGCAAAGCUCUGUGGUGGAGGCUUUUAAUAAGGUGCUGAGUAGUAUUAAUCCAGUUCCAGUAUAUGUCCCCAACCUUAGUCCGCCAACCAAUGCAGGGAUUACCUUGCCUGCACGUGGAUACAAGUGUUUAGAAUGCGGGGACGCAUUUGCUCUUGAAAAGAGCCUUUUACAACAUUACGACCGCCGGAGUGUACGUAUAGAAGUCACCUGCAACCACUGCAAGAAGAAUUUAGUUUUUUAUAAUAAGUGCAGCCUUCUGUCUCAUGCACGUGCACAUAAAGAAAAAGGUGUGGUGAUGCAGUGUUCUCACCUCAUCCUAAAGCCAGUCCCAGUAGAUCAGAUGAUAACAUCCUCUCAGAACAGUGGUUCCACGCCAUCAGCUUCAGCUCCUCGGCCAAGCCCUGCAACGGUGGUGGCACACACAGUAUCUAAGGUGCAGACUGGAACGUUGGCUCCAGUGAUUUCGGCUCCCGUGAGCGCUCCCAUUACACCGGCUAUGCCUCUGGACGAAGAUUCUUCCAAGUUAUGCCGGCAUAGCCUGAAGUGCUUGGAAUGUUCGGAAGUUUUCCUAGAUGAAACCGCCCUAGCGACACACUUUCAGCAAGCUGUGGAUAUAAGCGGACAAAGGACGUGUAGCAUAUGUAUGAUGCUUCUGCCGAACCAGUGCAGCUUUACCUGUCACCUGCGCAUCCAUCAGCACCGAUCCCCCUACACUUGUCCCGAGUGCGGCGCAAUCUGCAGAUCCGCCCAUUUCCAGACACACGUCACCAAGAACUGCCUGCACUACACGCGCAGGAUCGGCUUCAGGUGUAUGCACUGCAAUGUGGUAUAUUCAGAGAUGGCUGCGCUAAAGUGCCACAUUCAAGGAUCCCAUUGUGAAAUGUUCUACAAAUGCCCCAUCUGUCCUAUGGCAUUUAAAUCGGCACCCAGCACCCAUUCUCAUGCAUACACUCAGCACCCAGGGGUGAAGAUUGGAGAACCCAAAAUUAUCUACAAAUGCUCAAUGUGUGACACCGUCUUUACCAUGCAGCCCCUGCUUUACCGCCACUUCGAUCACCACCUGGAGCACCAGAAAGUGUCCGUAUUCAAGUGUCCGGACUGCUCGCUCUUGUACGCACAGAAGCAGCUGAUGAUGGACCACAUAAAGUCCAUGCAUGGGACACUGAAGAGCAUUGAGGGUCCCCCUAAACUUGGUACCACUUUACCUCUGAGCACCAAGCCCACCACCCAGAACUCCACCAGUCCCAUCAAGGAGGAAGCAAAGCAUGUCAAUGGGACCAAGAAACCGGAAAAAGAAGAGGCCGCUCCUGAGAAGAGGACAAGCCGGGGGGUCAGGAAAAGCUCAAAGCCAGGCUGGACCUGCUGGGAGUGUGAUCAGCUCUUCAACCAGAGAGACUUGUACAUAACACACAUGAGAAAGGAGCAUGGGAAACACAUGAAGAAGCACCCGUGUCGGCAGUGUGACAAAUCGUUUACCUCAUCGCACAGUCUGUGUCGGCACAACCGCAUCAAACACAAAGGCAUCCGCAAAGUUUACACCUGCACGCAUUGCCCUGAUUCUAAGCGGGCUUUCACUAAGCGCUUAAUGUUAGAGAAACACAUUCAGCUCAUGCACGGCAUCAAGGAGCCGGAAGGGAAAGACGGAGGAGUAACAAAGACCAUGGAGACUUCAGAGGUGAAAGAAGUAAAAAAGGAGCCUACGCCAAAGCGAAAAAUGGUAGAGGAGACUGUUCGCGAGUUCCGAUCGCCAAAGGGAACAAUUACUCAGCCGCUGAAGAAACUGAAGAUCAACGUCUUCAAAGUCCACAAAUGUGCGGUCUGCGGCUUCACCACCGAAAACCUCCUGCAGUUUCACGAGCACAUACCCCAGCACAGGUCAGAUGGGUCCUCGUACCAGUGCCAAGAAUGCGGCCUUUGCUACACGUCGCAUGUCUCCCUCUCCAGGCACCUCUUCAUUGUUCAUAAGCUCAAGGAACCGCAGGCAUCGGCCAAGCAGAACGGUUCUGGAGAGGACAAUCAACAAGAAAACGAACUGAGAGUUGGGAGUAAGGCAGUGGGCAAUGCGACCUCAGACAAGACGUGCAAAGUCUGCGCAAAGACGUUCGAAACUGAAGCUGCCUUAAACACUCACAUGAGGACUCACGGCAUGGCGUUCAUCAAAUCUAAAAGGAUGACCUCUGUGGAGAAAUGACUUGACUGUGCGUCGGCUCCACAGAGAUAUAGAUCUCUGGGAAAGACUCAGUGUUUUACUUGUGGAAAAAAAAACUGGAGAGGGCCGAAGGAAUGCUACGACCUUGUGGGAAAGAUUUAGUUCUAUCAUAUAAUCUGCCUUUAAGAUACUUUUACAGUGCACCAUAAAGCAGUGUUCCAUGUAAAACGCGUCGUAACAGAUGUAUAUAUAGAAUACUUUUUUGAUACUCUUGACUGUAUCAAUGAAGAAAUUUUUCUUUUUUUAUACUGUAUUAUCUCAUAGGUGAGAAGGAUAUUUAACCACUGCCAGUCUGCUUUCCGUGAUAGAUGAACAUUGGCAGUAUACAGGUGGUACAGAUAGGUGCCGCUUAGGCUAUUUCUGAAUGCUUCAGAAAGAUAUAUGAAUGGGCAUAGUUAUAUAUACCGGGGCUAGAGAUAAUCUGGGGGAUGUUAUGGCAACUGGUGCACACUAAAAGAGUUCUGUAACCCACGGCAACUAGUCACAUUCUGUCACUUUUCUAAUGGCGUUUACGAAUUGCGAGGAAACAUGCAAUUGCACUUUUGGCCAGUACACAAUUUGUUUUUUUAUUUUAUUAAUAUCCCUGAUUGAUCACAUGUCACAGAGAUGUAAAAGUGGUUCUGUUUUGCUCUGUGGUGCUGUAAAGAUAUGAUGUGUAACUAUAUUCACAUACGGCAUUACAUUCAUUCCUGUAAUGUGGGCACUAUGGCGUCAGUGUUAGAGCCGGGUAGUCUGAAACAACUCGCAACCUGUAAAGUAGCAAAACAUUUUAGGUGCCAUUGCCUGGGCAUGGGAAUCAGGCCAGCCUGACUUUUGCGUUAAGUGACUUUUUCCUCAAUAAUAAGAGCAGACUCCAUUUACAAUGACAAUUGGAGCAUGCUGACAUGUUUGGCUGUACCGUGUGCUCCCCCGUUUCUGUAUUACAGUUCCGUUUUUAGGGUGCAGCCUUUGACCAAUAAGAAGCCACAAGCUUCUUCUAAGGGAAAAAAAAAAAUCUGUAUUCACCUCCCCUGACUGAAUGUGAUUUAUUGCUGAGGAGGUGCAGAAAAUGGUUACGGAUAUUUUGUUUUUGCUGCAAAAUUGUUCUCUUUAUGUUUUCAGUGGAGGAGGGGGGGGGGGAGGGGGUCUCACUUUCCAAAGUAUUAUUUCUAUUACUGCAUUUAUGCCAGUACAGGCCACGGGUUACUGUAAUAUGCUUUUUUUUGUAAACAGGUAUAGUCUACCUAUUUAUAUAUUGGUGGUUCCACCUACUCUUCUAAUUUGGCCAGGGUCCGUUCACUCAUCUCAACAAAGUGCUUUACGUCUCAAUGCAGCUCUGUUGCAGAGUAUUACUUCUCAGCGCUCUUAAGCUGCUCCCACCAUUUUAGGACAGUGUCUUUAGGGUCUGUUGAAGCACACAAAAAACUCAGACUGCAGUUAUUAUAGCUGCUGUGACAUCACUGACCUUCCCUGCCAAUCCGUACGCUGCGUUUCUGCCGAGCAAUUGUGCAUCCCUUUCAGUCUGUGUUAGACACACCGAACUUAAAAACUUGAAAAAUCUGGAUUAUAUUGUGUCUGGCAGGUCUAGGGACACUAGACAGUCAGAGGUAAAUUUCUGGGCUACCUCGCAAAUAAUGACCUACUAAACCUGACGCUGGAUGGUCUCUUUAAACUGGUACCCAGCUAUCAACCCUGCAUGACCCCCCCCCCCCCCCUCUAGAAACCAUCCUUAAUGCAUAAGCCACAUGUACUAGCAACAAAGACUAAUGUAGGGUUAUGCUCAAGUCCACUGUAAUUGCUCCCUUUGCCCGUUUGCCUGCAUGGAGCGAAAUGCGUAAUGCCAACAUCAUAUGGAGCAAGCACAGUUCAUAAACACACAAAUGCGCGCUCUGCAAGAGGGCCCAUGUACCACUCCAAAUCAGCCCCAAAAUCACGAGACUUCAAUACAAAGGAGUCACCAGUAGAAUAGGGUGUAAAAAGAUAAUUAAGUAACUUUUUAAUAUUAAAACAUAAAUAUGUGUUGGAUGCUGACUGUGCCUUGACUAAGGAGUUGCUCCAACUUUCUGCUAGAAUUUGUGCCGGCGGUGGAACGGCAGCUGUUGCAACAGCCUAGAGUGCACGGAGGUAGGGGUGGGUGGGUGUUGACAAUGUGGCAUGUUCUCCCUCUCCCCGAGAUCUCAGAUUUUUUGGGAGCAGUACAGAUGUAUCUUCUGAGCACAUUACGGGAGGUUGAGGUACACUACAGCAAUUUUGCUGUAAUGCACUGUUCUGCCCCUGUAUUGUGCUAUUAGCGAGCAGUCCUGGGUAACAUUACAGAUUCACACAGGCAGCAUACUGGUAGGUUUAUACAAAGAAGCAGAGUCAGUGAUGUUACAGUAAGCCAAACUGACACGCCGUGCUUUACAAUAUAACUUGUUUUUCCUUAUGUAUCAGAUCCUAUUACAGCUUUGUGUUACAGAUGUGGCAUGUGGCUUCAUCACCCUGCAAUGAAAGGGAGAACAAUGCCUCAUUCCCACUUUACAAAGCCGCAGUGCAGUGUUAGAGCAACGCAACGCAUUUCACCAUCAUGGUCCAUGUAUCAUCAUUUCAAUUCUGGACUCAAGUUGCUCUUUAAAGAUCACUAGGGAUUUAAAUAAGACAGAAGACAUUGGUACAGAAUGCCAUUUAUUUGCUGUCUUUAAAAAGAAAACACAAGAAUAUUCAAAAUUUCUUGAGAUUCGCAGUGUACGUCCGCCAACGUGUAACCAAGACACAACCCUGAGAUGAAAAGUGUAUCUCAGUCUUAUUCAAAAAGGGAAUCUGUAGCUAGAAUUGUCCUCGAUGUUCAGAUUUUAUAUGCAUUUUUAAUGGUCCAUGGGGGCCAGACCAAUGUUGAAUGUGUGUACAGCCAAAUACCUCAUAAAAAAUGUAAUGUUUGCCCAUUUGUCUUUUAAAAAACAAAUAAUUCUGUCUACUUUAAUUGUAGGAUAUGCACUCCAGAAGGCAGGUAACGGGCGAGCAGUCAGAAUUGUAGGGAGGGAACAUUAGUAUAACUGUCGUUACACGUAACAAUCGGAACUGAUUCAUGUCAAACACACACAACUGUUCUCGGGGUCCCUACUUUCAUUUGCACAGUUAUGUGAUGCUAUAACUUAUUAUAAUAUGUAAGAUUUAGGACACAGGAUAGGUAGAGUAUUGUCCCUUUUCAUACAAAUCUUUUUCUCUGUGAGACUUCUAGGAUCUAAUUUUAUUUGUUCGUUUUUUGUUUGUUUCAUUUUAUAUCAAUUGUGUAUCCAUAUGUUUAUUUUGUAUUAAUUUUAUAUAUAUAUAAAUAUAUAUAUUUUUUUCUGUAAAUAUUUAAAGUGCAUGAAUACUUUCUGUGGUUGUCCAGGUAAGAGGUCUUGCUGCUGUCAUGUUGUUACUAUAUUCAUAAAUAUAUAUACUUUGUGUCUUUGUGACUGUAUUAAACACAUUUCACAUGUACGUAAAUAAAAGUGGAGUAUUUGACUGAU